CUUCAGUGCUAUCCGGUCCGGUACAAAAAGUUUGUGUGGGUUGAUCUUAUUCAACAAAACAAAUAUUUUCCUAAAUAUACAUAAUCCAUGUUUUUUUUAAUAAUAAAUAAUAUUAACUGAUACUUCUUAAAUUUUGAGUGAGAAGAUACUCAAGCGAUUUGCAAGGCCUUUUAAAAAUUAAAGUUGUUGCUGCUGCUUAAUUAUUUGGUAAACAAUGUCAUCGGAAUCAGUAGGACCGAAUUGGGUUAAACCCUCGGAGGUUUACAAGACCACAGAUCCUGCGCAGCCGGUAAAAUUGCGUAUUGCCAAGGACGGUUUAGGAGCCGAAGAGCCUAUUUCCAUACCAAGUCUAUUGAAACGCGCUGCCAACAACUACCCAAACCAUCCAGCCAUCCGGUACAAAACACCUCAGAAGAAAGAAUAUGCCACCGUAACUUUCAAACAGUAUGAAGAAAAAGUUCAUAAAGUGGCAAAAUCCUUCGUUAAACUAGGCCUAGAACCACAUAACUCUGUGGGAAUUUUAGCCUUCAAUUGUGCCGAAUGGUUCUAUUCGGCAUUGGGUGCAGUUCAUGCUGGAGGUAUUGUUGCCGGAAUUUAUACGACAAAUUCAGCUGAUGCAGUUAUGCACGUAUUGAGUGAUUCGGGGGCGAACAUUGUUGUGGUAGAUGAUUCAAAGCAAAUGGAAAAGAUUCAUCAGAUUAAGGAUAAGCUGCCGAAAUUAAAGGCAGCCAUACAAAUCCAGGAACCUUAUUUGCCCUUCAUGAAAAAGGAAGAUGGAUAUUAUAGGUGGUCAGAAAUCGAAGACAUGGCCAUUGAUGAUGUUGAAGAAGAGUACAAACUUCGCCUAGAAAAUAUUUGUAUCAAUCAAUGUUGCUCCCUUGUCUACACUUCUGGAACAGUUGGUAUGCCCAAAGGUGUCAUGUUAAAUCAUGAUAAUGUAUCUUACGAUUGUCGAGCAAUCAUCAAGUCCCUUCAUAAUAUUGUCAUGGCCGGUGAAGUAAUAGUUUCCUAUCUGCCACUUAGUCAUGUGGCAGCUCAAACUAUCGACAUCUACAUUAUGUUAACAGUUGCUGGUACGAUUUAUUUUGCCGAUAAAGAUGCUCUUAAAGGUACACUUGUCAAGACUCUGCAAGAUGCUCGUCCAACUAGGUUCAUGGGAGUUCCUCGGGUUUUUGAAAAAUUUCAAGAACGUAUGGUUGCUGUUGGAGCUGCGAAUGGCAGUUUCAAAAACAUGCUUGCCAGUUGGGCUAAGGGUGUAACCUUAAGGCAUUAUAUGGAAGAGAAGGAAGGGGGAAAAAGGUCCGGGGGUCUUCGAUAUAAAAUCGCUAAGUCACUGAUUAUGUCAAAAGUUAAGGUUGCAUUAGGAUUCGAUCGAUGCUUAUCUUUGGUCAGUGCAGCCGCCCCGAUGUCACCGGAAACCAAAACAUAUUUCCUCAGUUUGGACUUGAAGAUUCUCGAUGCCUUCGGAAUGUCAGAGUGCUCGGGUUGUCACUCCAUUUGUCUGCCCGAUAGUUCUCAACUGGAUUCGAUUGGUAAGACUUUGGGUGGCUGUGAGACUAAAAUCAUCAAUAAGGACGAGAAAGGUCAUGGAGAGAUUUGCAUUCGAGGACGACAUGUCUUCAUGGGAUACAUCAAUAACACUGAAAAAACAGAAGAAAGUCUUGACGAUGAAGGUUGGCUGCAUUCGGGAGAUGUAGGUUACGUGGACGACAAGGGCUACGUAUACAUUACUGGUCGAUCAAAGGAAAUCAUAAUCACUGCUGGUGGUGAAAACAUCCCUCCCGUUCACAUCGAAAACAUUGUUAAGAAAGAAGUUCCUGCACUUAGCAAUGCCUUCCUUGUUGGUGAACAAAGAAAAUAUCUCACAAUUUUGGUGAGCUUGAAGACUGAAAUGGAUAAAAAUACAGGAGGACCAUUAGACGAACUGAGCCACGAAACUUUGCAAUGGAUGGCUACCCUUGGAGUUAAACACAAAAACCUUUCGGAUAUUCUUAAUGCUGGUCCAUGUCCCAUAGUGUUUAAAGCUAUUGAAGAUGGUAUUAAAAGGGCCAACAAAUUGGCAAUUUCGAAUGCACAAAAAGUACAAAAAUUUGCUAUCUUACCACAUGAUUUCUCCAUUCCAACAGGAGAAUUAGGCCCAACACUUAAGGUUAAACGAAAUGUAGUCAAUAAAUUGUAUGAGAAUCUUAUUGAAUCCUUGUACUGAAUAGACACCAAAUUAAAAGGAAUGCAGGCUGAUUCUUUGCCCUUUAUUGUUGAAAUUCAAUUUCCUAUUUUUUUGUUAUAUUAAUUUACAUAUUAUUUUAUUUUGCUUUAUUCGUUAAGAGUUAAGAAAUAAAUACAAUUUAGACAAAGAAUUAAUCUUACUAAAAAAGCGCAAACUUAAGUCUAAGAUAUAUUAGUUUGCCCUAGAAUUUGUACUUAGAAUACUUAUUUUUGUAUAAAAUACUUACCAAAAACAAACCAAUGAUACUUAACAGUACUGUAUUGCUUCUACUUGUAUUUAUUUACAAAAUGAUAAAAUAAAAUUUAUCGACAUAGUUUAA